AUGGCUCCGCCACCUGCCGUGCCGGAAGCGGACCACCAGGACGACGACGACGGCAUCCCGGAAGGGACCGGGGUAGACCUGAGAGUGGCGGUACGUAGGCUCAAGGCCAGGAAUACCGCCCCAGGGCCCGAUGGCUUGCCUGGCAAAGCCUGGGUCCUGGCCUCGGAGGCUCUCGGGCCCCGACUGGAGGGGCUCCUAAGCGCAUGCUUGGAGAGAGGCCAAUUCCCGCUUCGUUGGAAGACGGGGAAGCUGGUCCUCAUUCGGAAGCCGGGGCGCCCUGCGGACUCUCCGUCCGCAUACCGGCCCGUGGUGCUGCUCGACGAGGUGGGCAAGCUCUUUGAAAGAGUCAUUGCAAACCGCCUCGCCGAGCACCUUGCGGGGACGGGGCCGGAUCUUGCGGAACACCAGUUUGGUUUCCGCAAGAGGCGCUCUACGGUGGACGCCAUCAUGCGCGUGAGAGCCCUCACGACGGGGGAUGCAGUGGCCAGGGGGGGGGGGGGGGUGUUUUGGCGGUGCCUCUCGACAUCGCCAACGCCUUCAACUCCAUGCCCUGGAGCUGCAUUAGGGAGGCACUCCGGUAUCACCGGGUGCCGACCUAUCUCCGUCGUAUAG